AUGGAGCGACUAUUGGCAGAUAUGCUACAACAAAAAUCAGUGGCAAGGGAUGACUUGCAAGGCGUUCUGCCUGAAAACUUUAGAAGGAUCGGAAACCCUAAAUCUCGCCUCAAUCCGGGGGCACGGGAAUGGCAAGAGGCUCAAGAGAAGACACCGAUCCGCUCCGUAGCGAACAGAUCCAGUAGCAACCCGAGAAGCGUGCGAUGCCACACCGAUGGCGCUUGGAGUAAAGAGCAAAAGAUAAGAGGAAUGGGAUGGAGCUUGCACGAUGGAAAUCAUAUCCCAAUUACACAGAGAUCAACAGCAAGGAAGCACAUAGCAUCACCGCUAAUAGCUGAGGGACUAGCAAUCCGUUACGCCCUAGAACAUGCCCUUGAUCUGAGUUUCUCCUCCUUGCAUGUGGCCUCAGAUUGGCAGAAAAUCAUUAGAGCAAUCAACUCAGGAAGCCAGCUAUCGGAUAUCUAUGGGAUCCUCCAAGAUAUCGCUCAUCUCUCUUCUCUGUUUGUCGAUUUAAUUGUCGUUUCAAUUCCCAGAGAAGUCAAUUUGCUGGCUGAUUCUCUCGCUAAACAAUCUCUCCAUGCUCUUGAGCAGUUGGGGAGUUAA